AUCGGUUGUGUUAUCGUUGUAGUCGAAGCGAGGUAAACAAAAUGCACCACGAGUUGGAUUUACCGGCUUUUCCGCUUUCCCUGCUGGACGACAGUGAUCUAGAGCCGCAAAGAUGUUAUAUUCCGCUGGGGAAGGAUCCUACUGGAACAGGAUGGUGUCGAUGCCACCUUUGCGAUGGCAGCUACGCAGUUUGUUGGGUAACUCCGCGUGCCGGCAGUGAAACUUGUUGCUUCCUGGAUGGAAUUGUAACCUCCUUGACGCGGUUCUGUCCCACCAAUAAGCGAGUGGUCCUUGUGGAGCCACUUAAAUUAGCUCCCAGCCUGCAGCGGAUUUCAUGCGUGAUCACAGUCACCCAGGAGCUACUCCAGCGACCUCUGGUUGCCCUAGAGGAUCUGGAGGACGAUGUUCGAGUGUUUCUGCGUCACCUGAAGCUUACCAAAGGAUGCUCCGUGCAGCACAGACACCUUGUGCAGUUGGGCAUUGCCAGUGUGGAGAUUUUCGAUGCUCCAGGAGUUGCUGAUGACGAAUGCUUUGAAAUAGCACCAGAUGUUAAACUACUCCUGGUGGAUAUACGACUGAGAAUGCCCUUUUCUGUGGAUAUCACCUCAAAGUAUCUGCCGCACAGCUUUGAGCAGCCCAUGGAGCAUUUGGAGCAACUCCUGGAAAGCUCUAAUAGCAGAUUUUCACAUAGUUUCCCUACUACAGCAUUAGUUGUGGGUCCGGUGGGCUGUGGAAAAAGUCGUCUCCUCAAUGAGUUCCUGAGUCGUAAUACCUGCAACUGCUUCUGCAUCACAGCUAGUCAGGUGCUGCGCUCAUAUCCCGGCGAAACCGAAGAGGAACUGAGAAGGAUCUUUCAGGCUGCUGAAAAUUUCAAAGAGCAACUGCGUCCAUUAUUGCCAAUUGUGAUACUUAUUGAGGAUCUGGAGCUGCUCUGCCCCCUAACGGGUGUCGCAGAUACAAAAAACUCAAGCAAUUCUCUACGAAUUUCAGCUCAGCUAUACAAACUGAUAGACGCACUUCCUCGAGGCAUUAUAUGUGUGGCAACUUCUGGAUUUCCGGACUCUUUGCAUGAACACGCGCGCAGGCGGUUUGUGCGAGAGGUGUCCAUCGAGAUGCCCAGCGAAGAGCAGCGCAGACAACUUGUAGAGCAGCUGUGCCAUGUCCACGAGCUGAAAACCUCACAGACUUCACUCGAUCACAUAGCGAGAAACACUCAGGGAUAUGUGAUAGCAGAUCUAACACUUCUUUUGCGCCGGGCUCAACAGCAACUACUAACAAAAGAUGACCUCAGUUUAGAGGAAAUAUUCCACCAGUCGCUGCUACACACUCAACCCAGUGCCUCUCGAUCGACAGAUGUGCGGGUCUCGAAAAUGACGGCUGGUUUUGAGGUCAUCGGAGGAAUGGAAGCGCUGAAACGCACUUUACAAGUCUCGGUUCUAUCGGGUCUAAGACAAAGUGCCGCUUUUGCCCGGUUUGGACUAAGUUUGCCAAAAGGGGUGCUGCUCUAUGGACCUCCAGGAUGCGCCAAGACCACCGUAGCCAAGUGCCUGGCCAAGGAAGCUGACAUGACCUUCAUUGCAACGUCGGCGGCGGAGGUGUACUCUCCCUACGUCGGUUGUGCGGAAAGAUUUAUAUCGAGAAUCUUUGACACAGCACGAAAGAAUGCACCCUGUCUAAUAUUUUUGGAUGAGAUAGAUUCCCUUGUUGGCAGAAGGAUGGUCUCAAGUGGCGUAGGUGGAGGACAAGUUCAGCUGAGGAUUCUUUCCACGCUCUUGACGGAAAUGGAUGGUAUUGUGGGCGCUGGUAGUCAGCAACACAUACUUGUGGUUGCAGCCACCAACCGUCCGGAUAUGAUCGAUGAUGCCCUGCUGCGACCAGGACGCUUUGAUAAGCUCAUCCAUGUACCAGCCCCAGAUAAGGAUUCCCGCCUUGCACUGCUGAAACUUCACCUCCAACGCAUGCCCUUCCAUAAAAAUGUGGUUCUCGAGGAGAUCGCUACGCGUACCGACCGGUAUUCCGGAGCGGAUAUGUGUAAUCUCUGCAAUGAGGCGGCUAUCGAGGCUUUUCAGCGUGAUUUUGAGGCCACAGAAAUUGAUCUACAAGAUUUUGAAAAAGUUUUGGCCAAGCAGAAAUCCUCACUCACUCAAAGCCAAAUAGAUGGCUACUAUAAGUUUAAGGGAUGUCGUGAUAUUAAAAAAAUAUCGUAUCGAUGA